AUGACCAACAAGGAGGCCUCAGAGAAAUCUGGUGUGCCGAAAAAUACCAUCUCCACCUGGAUGAAAAACAAAAGAGGCCGCUUCAAGGGUUGGAGCAAAGUUCUUCAGAAGCCAAGAAAAUGCGAGGGUGUGAUUUUGAGCAGUCGACAAGGCAGUUCAGCAAUGGUUUACACUUCUACGUGUAAAAUACAGGAGACUUGCAUUCCUUCGCCAUCACCAAGAUUAACUGCCUUUCCAGUUACAGUUAUGCUACAUUUCCCGCACAUUUCGUUGAAAACCAUUGGUGGCGAAUCGAAGUCCGUUACUCCACAUAUGACCAGUUCUUGGAAUGAAACAACUUUACCCACAAUUCUGUCAAACUAUAAGCUGAAAGAUAUUUUCAAUGCUGACGAGUUCGGUCUUUUCUACCAAUGUCUCCCAGAUAAAACCUAUCACUUCAAAGGAGAAAAGUGUUCCGGGGGGAAAAAAAGCAAAGUCAGGUUUACCGGAAUGGCUGCAGCAAGUGGGAAAGAAGAAAAAUUGCCUCUGUUCGUGAUCGGAAAGACGAAAAGUCCGCGAUGUUUUAAGAAUAUCAAGCAUCUUCCUACCCAGUAUACAUCGCAAGAAAAGAACUGGAUGAGCAGCGAAAUCUUCAAAGAGUGGGUACGUAAAGUCGACCGAAAAUUCCGGGUAGAUGGUCGAAAAAUUGCUCUCAUUAUCGACAACUGCCCUGCUCAUCCAACGUUGUCCAAGUUGACCAACGUGCAGCUUGUCUUUCUGCCACCAAAUACGACGUCUAUCUUGCAACCAAUGGACCAAGGUGUCAUUCGCAGCCUCAAAGCGUAUUAUCGCGGAAAGGUUGUACGUCUGAUUUCUAGAGCUCUCGAAAAAAAGCCUUGUCCAAAGAUAUCAAUUCUGCAAGGAAUGAAGUUACUGGCAGAUUCUUGGGAACUCGUAUCCAAAGAAACCAUUGUAAACUGUUUUAGGAAGGCUGGUAUCACCCCUGAUGGUCAACAGUCUGCCAUUGAUGAUUCUAAUGACCCGUUUAAAGAUCUUCAAGAAAGCUCGAAUAACUGGAGGAAAGCAGAUUCAUCAAUGGUGCCGAAUGAUGUCACUGCCACUGCUUUACUGAGCUUGGACGACGACGACAGUGCAAAAGCCCCUGAGAUGAAUGAAGAUGAUAUCGUGAGCAGGCUGAAGAACCAAGAAAACGAAGAGGAAGAGAGUGGUGAUGAAGAGAUCCAAGGUGGAGAGAUGUUUGACCCUGUGGCGGAAAAGCCUUCGAGAUCUGCAAUUGAAUCAGCUUUAGAAGUUUUGAAAGAUGCUGCCAUGUUCAGUGACAAAAGACUGGGAAUUCCAUCCGAGUUGUACGAAAAUCCGACUUGUAAUCUUAAUAGAAAUAACAAUGAUCCUAUCCACCAGGUGGUCUCUGUUCGAGACAACCCUUGGAGGAUGACAUAG